GACUUAUGACGUUUUGUCAAAGUGGUGGUGGUUGAUAAGUCGAAUACUGUAAAAUAUACAGAAAAAUUGAUUUGCUGUCGGAAAUUCUCUUACAUUUGGGAGCCUUUUUACGUGCCACACACAGCAACUACAGGCGUUAGAAUAUCCCAAAUUCAUACAACUUCAUUGCAAAUUGCUUUUUAGUAUCAACAUCAAAUCUUCUUUGGAAACUUUUUCAAAACAAAGAAAAGAAAAAUGAGUGAAGGUUGCAUGUUCAAUAUCGAUGGAGGCUACUUGGAGGGUCUCUGCCGUGGUUUCAAGUGUGGCAUAUUGAAACAAUCGGACUACCUAAAUCUGGUGCAAUGUGAAACUUUGGAAGAUUUAAAGUUGCACUUGCAGAGUACGGAUUAUGGCAGCUUCUUAGCCAAUGAGCCAUCUCCACUUUCCGUGUCGGUAAUUGAUGACAAAUUGCGCGAAAAACUCGUCAUCGAAUUCCAGCAUCUACGUAACCAUGCUGUAGAACCAUUGGCCAGCUUCCUGGACUUUAUCACUUAUGGCUACAUGAUUGAUAACAUAAUUCUGCUUAUCACUGGUACUCUCCAUCAGCGUCCGAUUUCCGAAUUGAUUCCUAAAUGUCAUCCAUUGGGAAGUUUUGAGCAGAUGGAAGCCAUUCAUGUUGCUGCCACACCAGCUGAAUUGUACAAUGCUGUGUUGGUCGAUACACCAUUGGCACCAUUCUUUGUUGAUUGUAUUUCCGAACAAGAUUUGGAUGAAAUGAAUAUUGAGAUCAUACGUAACACCUUGUACAAGGCCUACCUAGAGGCUUUCUAUGAGUUCUGCAAGAACUUGGGUGGCACCACUGCCGAUGUCAUGUGCGAAAUAUUGGCUUUUGAGGCCGAUCGCCGUGCCAUAAUCAUUACUAUCAACUCCUUCGGCACUGAAUUGUCCAAGGAUGAUCGUGCUAAGUUGUACCCCCGUUGCGGUAAAAUGCAUCCAGACGGCUUGGCUGCUUUAGCACGUGCCGAUGACUACGAACAAGUGAAGACCGUAGCCGAGUAUUAUGCAGAAUAUGCAGCACUUUUUGAUGGCUCGGGCACCAAUCCUGGCGAUAAGACACUUGAGGAUAAAUUCUUUGAGCACGAAGUAAAACUGAAUGUUUACGCUUUUAUGCAACAAUUCCACUUCGGUGUCUUCUAUGCGUACUUGAAGUUGAAGGAGCAAGAGUGUCGCAACAUUGUGUGGAUUUCAGAAUGUGUGGCACAAAAGCAUCGCGCGAAGAUCGACAAUUACAUACCCAUAUUCUAAAUUAUUGCAAUAUAUUUUGUUGUUUUCGGAUUGUUGCUGUCUCUCUCGUAUAUGUUUUGCAUUUUGGUCGAUCAAAAUAAAAAAGUAGUGUUCUGUUUUGUUCGAUCGAAAUCACCUGGUUAAAACAACACGAGUAUUUGAAUUGUGAACAGUAUCCUUUUGUGAAUAUAGUAUUUGCUUGUACUGUGAUACGAGUAGUAUGCAUUAAAAGCAAAAUUUCCUAAAUUUUCGUUUCAUUAUAAACUAUUUACUGAUUAUUAUUUCUAAUGCAUAUUUACAUAAAAGUAUACAUAAAUAGGUAAAUACACAUGCAUAUAUUAAAGAAAUAUUUAAAUAAUAUGCGGAAAAAUAACCAUUAAAUACCCUAUUGUGCAAAAAAAUAUUGAUAUCGUUGAUAUAUGAAUGUAAAUUACCUAACAGAAAUGAAUAAAAUUUGUUUCCAAACAUUCCUUAAAUCAGAAAUAA